AUGAUGGAUCCGGAAGAGGCCUUCGCAGAAGAGGCUCAAGAGGAGGCACUUCUUUCUGAGAGCAUACCGCAGACACCAAUCGCCCAGACCGGGCCUGGGGAAUGGGAAGACGCUGGGCCGCAAGAGGAUGAAAGUAGUCCGUUGAUCAAGGCGCGUCGACAACAGACUCACAAGAGCCCUCCCUACACGAGGGCCAGAACGAGUUAUGAGAGAGCCAUCAACGAGCCCUGGAGCGGCGCACAAGGGUCGGCCGAUCUACCAUGGCACAAGAAGCCUUCGAUAUUCUGGCUUCUGCCCGCGUUUUUCCCAUUCUGCGUUGCUUUCGGAGGCAUCAUUGUGCCCAAGACCUACCUCGUCCUCGACCUCAUCUGCCAGGGCUAUCUGUCCGACCGCGCGACGAAAGAUCCAACGUUCAAGUUCUUGCCCGUACUUCUCGGCUCGGAGAAUCCGCAGUGCAGAGAUCCUCAUGUACAGUCACUUGUGGCCAAGUUCAACCUAUACUCCAAUCUGCUGUCGGGCGUGUUUUCGGCCAUCAUAUCUCCUCACCUCGGGUCUCUGUCUGACCGAAUAGGGCGGAAGAAGGUGAUUGUGUGCACCUCCCUCGGAGCGUUGGCGGCCGAGAUCAUCACGAUCAUAGUGGGUACCAGCGCGGGCAAGAUCUCUGUGUACUGGAUGCUUUUGGGGGCUCUGAUGGAUGGCCUCUGUGGCUCAUUCACUACCGCCAUGGCGCUCGCCUUUGCCUAUGCCUCGGAUUGCUCGCCUCCGGAACGAAGAAAUGUGGCCUUUGGUUAUUUCCACGGCACAUUAUUCGCCGGCAUUGCGCUGGGUCCCAUCGUGGCUGGUUGGCUGAUCAAACUCGCGGGAACCGUGAUGGUGGUUUUCUACGUCGCGCUGGGGUGUCACGCGUUUUUCAUCUUUUUUGUUUCCUUCGUGGUGCCCGAAUCCUUGUCCAAGGAACGACAGCUUUUGGCGAGGGAGAAACGGCGUCUGGCCCGACUUCAUUCGCCGCAUAAAGAUUGGCUGGCCCGGUUGCGCAACUAUAACCUCUUCGAGCCUCUUUGGGUGCUCCGGCCCACGGGCGAAGGGUCUAGCUCCAAGUUGCGCAAGAAUCUGUUUGUGCUUGCCGCCAUUGACACCAUGAUGUUCGGUGUCGCUAUGGGCACCAUGCAGAUCAUCAUCAUCUACGCCGAGUACCGCUUUGGGUGGACCGCGGUGGACUCGAGUAUGUUUCUUUCCGCCGUCAACGUCUGUCGCGUGCUUGCCUUGGUCACCAUCCUACCUAUCCUCACGCGAAUCUUUCGAGGUCCCGCACAGGAGCAGUCGGCCGGCCACAAGGGUGCAGACAUGCUCGAUAUCAACAUCAUCAGGGUGUCAAUUUUGUUCGAUCUCCUCGGUUAUAUCGGAUACGCCCUCACCCCGUCUGGCGCGGUCAUGGUCCUCUCGGGCAUGGUGGCCUCGCUCGGCGGCAUCGGCUCCCCGACUCUACAGUCCGCUCUCACCAAGCACAUCCCCGCCAACCUUACGGGUCAGGUCCUGGGGGCUUCGGGUCUGUUGCAUGCCCUGGCUCGCGUCGUUGCUCCUACGGUCUUCAACCUCAUCUACAGUCUGACCGUGGGCAUCUAUGCCGGAGUCGUCUUUGUCUGUCUGGGUUCAAUCUUUGUUCUCGUUUUUAUUCUCAGCUGGUUCCUGAGGCCUAACGUAUACUUGGUUGAGAGCUCCACUGCCGAAUCCGGAGACGGAGAAGAACAACAAACCAGUGCAGACAAUGCUGAGCGGCCAUGA